UUUUCAGUAAUUUUUAUUGGAUUUUGGGUAAUUUUCAGUAAGCUUUUUGGGGGUUUGAGUGGAUUUUGGGGCAUUUUAAGUUAUUUUCGGUGGAUUUGGAGACAUUGUUGCUGGAUUUGGGGUGAAUUUUGGUGGCUUUUGGGUAAUUUUCAAUGGAUUUUGGGUCAUUCUAGUUCAUUUCUAGUGGGUUUUGAGUGAUUUUUUGUCAAUUUUAGCUCAUUUUAAUGGAUUUUGAGUCAUUUUCUGUCAGAUUUUUGGCGUGCGGCCACCUGCCUGUCUUGGCUCCGCCACCAGGAGUUCCUGGGGGUGGAUGUGCCCAGCACCAGCACUGCCGUGGCCUCGUUCGUGAUUGGUCGUGGUGGUUGGGAGGCCCCGCCCCCUCCUCUCGGGGCGCUCUGUUUGGGGGCGAUUCUGCAGCUCGGUCUCGCGAGAGUUUACGGGAGGCAAUGCCAGGACCUGCUCGAGCUCCCCCUGGUGGCCACUCCCGAGUCCAUCACCCUGCGGGAGCCGGGGCUGCCCCUCCCCGCCCCGGCAGCGCCCGAGGUGGAGCUGCCCGAGAUGACCCCGCGGGAGAUGCAGCUGCUGCUGGAGGCCGAGGUGUCCCGCCCCUUCUGGCCCCGCCCCCUGAGGCCCCGCCAGAGAUUCCGGAGAUGCCGGUGAUCGACCUCAGGAGGCUGAUCCUGGACCACACCCAAGCCCCAGAGGGGGCAGAACUUGGUGCCAUCGUGGCUCCGGACUGGUCCCGCCCCCUCGUGGCCAGGGCCUUUGUUCUGUGCCUGGAGCUCUGCGCCUCCCAUUGGCUGCAGCUGGAGCAGCCCCACCCCUACAGACCAAUCCAGAUCAAGCUCCGCCCACAGCACCAAUAAAACACACCCACAUUGCCUUACAAGGAGUGCAGGGAGCUUUUGUGUGGAUUUUGUGUGGAAUUUGGGAUUUUUGUGUGCAUGUUGGGGUUAGCUCCAAUACAAGUGCAGAUAAUCAUGGCUUAAGGGCGUGGGGAAACCCUUUGCAAUAGGAGUGAGUAAAAAACCACCCCCAGAAUCCUCCAGUUCCAGUAUGUUGACUAUUUCCACAGAGUUCUCUGCUUCCCUUGUUGUCAUUGGUUCCUUUUUGCUGCAAUAAUUUUAAUAUUCCUAAUGACCCUUCUCUAUUGGAUCCCCUCCCUAAACUCCACCCUAGUUCCUCCCUACUCCUGCAAGUUUAUAAAUACCCCUGCCCUGCCCUAACACCUGCUUUUUGCCAUUGCCCUCGUGCAUGGAUCAAGCCUCCCUGUACCAUCUGUCCCAGUUCGUUCAGUACAAGCUCUUUGGCUUGCUGUUUGUGGCUUUCUAGUAUUAAAGCUUUUUAGUUCCUGAACAAUCAGAUCAGAUUUUCUUUCUGGAUAAAAUCACUAAGUUCAGUGAAGCCACUGACCCUAAUAGCCGGGCUAAGGUCGGCCAGAGGCUUCGUACCUCCAAAAUUCCAUCUCUCCAAGGAUUGUGCCCAGACAAAAGUAGCCAGGACACACAGGUCUGGUGGCCCUGUCCUCUGGUGAUUUCCUUAGACUAUGAGCAGAAUGUUUUCAUUUACCAACGCCUUGGAGAGGGCUCAGAGAUCUCCCCAGGUGGAGUUUGGAGGCUGCAAGAACAUGACCACUAUACAGGGAUAAAGAAGCUCUGUGCUCAGUAGGGUGGAGACUGAGGACAGCAGAGGAGAGCCCUGGGAGGGAUUGCAGGGCUGUUUCAGAGAUGGUGGAUCCUUUUCACAUAGUAGAAAUCAACUGGAGAAAGAAAAAAUUAAUGCCAAGGGCAAUAGAUGAGGUCCAGACUGGACACAAGAACUCCGCACUCGCCCCGUAACUCUUACGUCUCAAGCAUACACCAGUCACACACCACCCAACCAAGCGAUAGUCUGCUGUUCUCGCCUGGAUCUUCAUGCACAAGAAAUUACAGUCACUAAGGGUGGGGCGCCUCCCUGAGAUCAGUUGUUCUCCCCCCAAAAAUGGAAAUUCGUCAUGUUGAGGUCACCAAAUUUGUUAUAAAUUACUCACCAAAAUCGGGUAGGUUGAUUAAUAAGGCAAUUUAUUAGUUCCUUGAUAAGGAAUGGGCAAGCAGCGGUGGGGAUGCAGGGAGUCCCCUCUGCACCAUCACGUCUGUCUUACCCCUCAUCACUGCCCCUUUUACAGGCAGUUUCUGGUGGGCCCAUGUCAUGCCCACCGUGCUGUGGUACAAGUUCGAGCAAGUCCAAACAUGUUGGCUAGCACUCAAGCAGCCGUGGCUACAAGCCCCCACCAGGUCUGGACAAAGCUUGAACACAUUCUCAGAUUACACUCCUAGCAAGUAGAUAACAGCAGUGGCAAGUCUGCUCAUGUCCACAUAAGCCUGUAUUUUUCUUAUACGUAAAAAGUGGAUACAAUUCAUAAUUAUAGUGGCAAAAUAAUAAAUACAUACAAACAAAAGCCAA